AUGAAGCGAGGAGUAGGAACUACUUUUGAUAUUGUUUCAUUUGCAGUAGUGUCAACAUUCCUAGCAUUUGCCGCUUUAGUGUUAUCAUCAAGAAAUAUGGUACUUGCAAAACAAAUUAAAAAAGAUACAACAAGACUUACUCCAGGAAAGCCAAUUUUUGCUAGAGCUAUUAUUGAUUCAUUGUAUAUAGUUCCUGUUGCUAAAGAAGAAAGUAAAGCCACUACAUUUGCCUCAACAUUAGCCGGUUUAUUUUCAUCUUUCUAUAAAGAUACAGGAUAUUCUCAGAAAUACAUGAAGGAAGAUCAAUAUUUGCAGUUUUCAGCACAACAUAUCGACAAAAUCCUCGCCAAGCAUCCAAAAGCAACAGAUUUACAAGAAUUAUCACAUGUUAAAUCGAUAACAGAUGAUUUAUUACAUCCAAUAGGCUCAAAUAGUGCUGUUAAAUUCAGUUUCAAUGUGCAAUUCAAGUCAAGCAACAUCAGAGAUAUAAAACAAAAAAUUGUUGAAGCGAAUUACCCAAUAGCUAUCAAAUACACCAAACUACAAGAGAGAUAUUUCUUCCCAUGCACUCUAGAUCUCUACAAAUCGAGUAAAUCCUGUGAAUAUUCCCAAACUACUCCAGAAACAUUCGAAAUUCCAUUUUUGAGCAGCUCAGACUAUACAUUUUCCAGAUCAGGCAAACAAAUUCCAGUAGAAAACGAAACAUUACUAAUUGUUGGGUAUUCUGAUGAAUAUAGUCCGAAAUCUUUCGUCAACAUCAGCCAGAAAGAGAAUACAAAGGGAGCUUUCUUUGUUAGAACCAACAAUUGCAAUCAUGGCCACACAUCUGUCUUUUUAUCGAAUCUUUUGACAUCAGAAGAAGAAAGAAUCCUUUGUCCCAAUCUCAGGAACCCAAUGAACUGGGUACCAACAACACUUCAAUGCCUCAAAGAUACAAAGGACCCGUCAAAAUGUCAGAUUCCUCAGAAAUUCAAAAGAGGAAAUAAAACCGUCACUUUUGCCGAUACGUUAAUUUGUACCAAUUCCAAGUACUGUGAUACAUCAUCUAAGUACGCAUUGAUUGGUUAUGACCGCCCACUCAUUUCUUUCUCUAAUACGGGUGUUCCUUUAGCAACAAUUGCAAAGAUUUCAGAUGAUAAUGUUGUUUCUGAAGUUUUAGAGACAUUACCAUUCCAGCACUUAAAUCUGGCCUUCACCAUUAAGGAUUUCCAAGAAAAUUCGAAAUUUUGCGGAUAUUCUGCUUUGAUGUACGAUGAAUUAGACACAAUCAUCCAAAGUGGUACUGGGACAUGGAUAGCUUAUGGAGUUCAAGCUACUUUUCCAUCUUCCGCUUAUUCUAAGGAAUUUUCUAAAUAUUAUUCAAAAUUUUCUUUGUAA